ACCGAGUUCGGUACCACCGGGACCCCCGACACGGCAGCGGGCAGGACGACCGGUUGUCCUAUUGAUCCCGGUGGCUGUCAGUUGGGAGAGAGAGGGGGGAAUCACACACACUCAUGCCGAGCUGACGUCGACUGCGCUGCGUCCGGUUUCCGUGGUUGUUCCUGCGGAGUGGAGGAGGAUAAAAAAGCUGGUGGUGUCCGCGCUGCUCGCUCGGAGUGAAAUGUGAGGCUCGAAAAAUGUUUGUCUGUUGUGGUUGAGAGGUGAGGAGGGACAGAAAAAAAGAGGGGAGGCAACCCUCGAGACGGAGCAGGUCAGCGUCAAGUUUGCGUUAAUCACGGCGGUACAGUUUCAGACAUAUUUGUCAAGCGGAGGAGUCAUCACCGGAUCAGCUCCAGCCGCCGCUCGGAGCCACAUUAUGCCUACGAGUCGUCACGGACUGGACGUGUGAGGUGAGCUGUGACUCUUCCCUUCUUUGUCUGUCCGUGCACCUGCAUGUACAGUGAGCAGCCCCGGCCCAUCGGAGAGGCGCUGUGCUCAGUGACUGUGCUGCACUAGGAGAACCCAUGGCUUCUGGCCUUCCAUCUCCCUCCGUAGGCCGCAGGCUCAGGCUGCUGGAGUUGCUACUUGGGCCUCUGUUGGUGUUGCUGGUUGCUGGGCUGGGACCACCAGUGCUGGGUCAGAAGGUCUACACCAACACAUGGGCUGUCCACAUACCUGGAGGUCAGGAGGAGGCUAAUCGAAUUGCCAGCAAACAUGGUUUCAUCAACCACGGACAUGUAUUUGGCGAUUUUUAUCACUUCCGGCAUCGCGCAGUGGUGAAGAGAUCGCUGUCAGAUCACAGGGGGACACAAGUUCGUCUACAAAGAGAUCCCAAGGUUACUUGGGCAGAGCAACAAGUAGCGAAACGGAGGAAAAAGAGGGACGUCUUCGUAGAACCUUUAGAUCCCAAGUUCAGAGACCAGUGGUAUCUGUACAACAAUAACCACCGAGACUUGAAUGCCAAAGCUGCGUGGCAGUUGGGCUACACAGGUAAAGGUGUGGUGGUGUCCAUCCUGGAUGACGGGAUAGAGAAGAACCAUCCUGACCUGAUGCAGAACUACGACCCGGAUGCCAGUUAUGAUGUGAAUGACGGCGACCCGGAUCCUCAGCCACGAUACACGCAACUUAAUGACAACAGGCAUGGAACACGAUGUGCAGGAGAAGUGGCAGCAGUAGCCAACAAUGGGAUCUGUGGAGUCGGUGUGGCCUACAAUGCAAAGAUUGGAGGUGUGCGCAUGCUGGACGGUGAGGUGACCGACAUGGUGGAGGCCCAGUCUCUCAGCCUGAAUCCCCAACACAUCGACAUCUACAGCGCCAGUUGGGGUCCCGAGGACGACGGCAAAACUGUCGACGGACCUGCCAAGCUCGCCAAAGAAGCCUUCCUGCGUGGAGUUACAGAGGGUCGUGGCGGUUUGGGCUCCAUCUUUGUGUGGGCUUCUGGGAACGGUGGAAGGGAGAAGGACAGCUGUAACUGCGACGGAUACACCAACAGCAUCUACACCCUGUCCAUCAGCAGCUCCACGCAAAACGGCAACGUCCCCUGGUACAGCGAGGCGUGCUCCUCCACCCUCGCCACCACCUACAGCUCGGGAAACCUCAACGAGAAACAGAUAGUGACUACAGACCUCAAAUCAAAAUGCACAGACUCCCACACAGGCACCUCAGCUUCCGCCCCGCUGGCUGCUGGGAUCAUCGCUCUCGCCCUCGAGGCUAAUAAAAACCUGACCUGGAGGGACAUGCAGCAUCUGGUUGUGCGAACGUCUCACCCUGCCCACCUGCUCACCAAUGACUGGAGAACCAAUGGUGUUGGCCGCAAAGUUAGCCAUUCAUAUGGAUAUGGUCUGCUUGAUGCCAGUGCAAUUGUGUCACUGGCAAAGACGUGGACCAGUGUGGGGACACAGAGAAAAUGUGUCAUCACCAUGGUCAGCGAGCCAAGGAACAUCGGCAGCCAUUUAUCUAUUAACAAGAGUGUGGACGCCUGCAUCGGGUCAGACAGUCAUGUGACCUCAUUAGAGCACGUCCAGGCCCGGCUCACCCUGUCCUACAACAGGAGGGGGAACCUAGCCAUCCAUCUCAUUAGUCCUUCUGGUACACGCUCCACUCUGCUCCACCCCAGGCCUCAUGACUACUCGUCGGAGGGUUUUAAUGACUGGGCUUUCAUGACCACCCACUCCUGGGAUGAGAACCCCACUGGAGCGUGGACGCUGGAGAUUGAGAACGUGGCUGGUGCCAGUGACUAUGGCACUCUUACCCAGUUCGUCCUGGUGCUGUAUGGUACUGGUUCAGCAUUUUCUAGCUCCUCUGAGAAGUCCCAGCUUCUCAAUGGCAAUUGCAAGACCUUGGAUCUGAGGCAGAUAUGCAUCGAGUGCAACGGCGGCUACUACCUCUUUCAGCAGGGCUGUGUGAAGGAAUGUCCACCAGGCUUCUCGGUGGGCUCCCAGCCCAUCAACUACACAGUGGGAAACUCCAUACCACCAGCGUCCGUCCCCGCCUGCCUGGCUUGCCCAGCGCCCUGCCUGACCUGCAGCAGCCUCAGCCCUCAGGCCUGCCUGUCCUGCCCUCCUCACAGCUCCCUGGACUCCGUCUCUGGAACCUGCCUGCACCUCAACCAGUACAUGCGCGAGACCACUGGCAGCUUCAUGGUGGGCCAGGGGAGCCCGAGAGCGCAGCUUCAGCUCAGCUCUAAUCUGCCCAUCACCAUCGCCGUGCUCAGCUGCGUGGCCAUCAUCGCCACCUUCGCUGGCAUCUUCCUGCUGCUGCAGCUGCGCUCAGGCGCGCUCAUCAAGCUGCCCUCUCUAGAGGCUGGCAGCGGCCUCGGGGGCAGCUUUAGCCUUGGGGGAAAUAGGGUGGUGUCGUACCGUGGCAUCCCGACAGUGUGGGGGGAUGACGGGGUAAAUACAGACUCCGAUAACGAAGAGUUUGACGUCCAAAAUGAGAGGACUGCCUUUAUCAAAACACAAAGUGCUCUUUAAUGCCUCCCACACAUCCUUCUUUCUCUCCUGCUUUUAAAAUCCUCUUACCCCCUUUUGUCUGAUAAUUCAGGGCUGUGGUAACUGUCCUUUCACAGUCUUUCCUGGUUUUAUCUCGUUCAUUUUUUUUCUCUUUUCUUUUCACUGUCUUAUCGGAUUCUCAUCUGAGCCCUGUUUUGGGAUCUGGGCUUCCACUCUGCUGUGGGAGACCUGAUGGGAAGCUGCUGUCUCUCAAAGCCCAGGAAGGCCUGAGCUUUGCUCUGUUCACACUUGGGCGCAUUUCUAUUAAACUGGCCCUCUCCCUCCUCUUGCCCUCAAUCAUGAACAGUGUCUGUCUGUGCAGAGUCCAUUUUCCCCUCCAGCUCUAGCUCCUUUUUGUUACAGUAAACAAAUGAUUAUUAUUUGCUUUCUUCCUCUUUUUUUCCCCUCCUCUUUCCAUUAGUCUCAGUGCAGUAGCCAGACGAGAUUGUUGAAUGCGAGUAGUGGAGAAGUGUGUGUGUGUGUGUGUGUGUGUGUGUGCGCACAUGUCUGAAUGAAUUGUGUGUGUGAAUGUGAGCAUGUAAAUCUGAUGAACAGUGUAGUGCCCUUUAUAGAGAAGCUUAAGCGGGUCCUGUCAUAUUUAGUAUUUUAACUAUACAAUGAUAACAAAAAAUUAUAUUAUGAGGCAUGAAAUCCAAUUUGGAAACUUUUUUUUUUUUUCUCUCCAGAGUGACACAAACAUGAGGAAUCUGUUCAGAAUAGACCACUUAACUGUAACGGUUCACAUUUUUACAUGCAUUUUUAAAUGCACAAAUUAAAAACAUAAUAGUUGAUAAAGAAAUGUGCUGACUUGAGUUGUUUUGAAUUACACGCCACCAAUUAGACAAAACAGACCAAGAGCUUCCUGGAUAUGCCAUCUGUGACAUCUUAGUUUUUAUGAUGAUACAAUAAUACUGUUUACUUUUAGAAGACUCUUUCUUCCAUUCAGUUGCUUUUCAAAACCAGUACAGUUAUUGUUCCUUUUGUACACACCAUGUGUAAGGACCUUUUCCAUCUCUGGAAAAGCAAACUGUGAGUCACUCAACUAGCAAAAGCUGCCUCCAGCCUUUUUGGAUCCCAAAUGAACUGAACUUAAUCUGGUUUUAAAAUUUGGACCAUCACAUGGAAGGGUUUAAAAAACAGAGAAAUGAUAAGAAAACAGGUCAGACGAUCAACCCUGAGGCACAGUCCCUUCCGGACAUAUUUAAUUUCUGCAUCUCACGUGCUCCCAGCUCUGAUGCUGACGAGGCCAAUACAACGUGUGACUGUUGAGCACAAUAGUUUUUCAUAGCAGCUGGCAGGUGUUGAGUUACCUGUGAUUGAUUUCUUGACAGAGCAGUCACAGUAACAAUACAUCAAGGCUUUCCUUUUGUCAGCGCACAUCAACGCUACAAACACACUCAUAUUUUAAUGAUUGAAAGUUAGCGCGUGUGUGUGUGUGUGUGUGUGUGUGUGCGCGUGUGUGUGCAGAUGUGUGAGCUAGUGUGUCGCAUGUGAGGAUGAGAAAUGUUUAUCUGCCCUCUGAAGUGAAGGUUUUCUGUUUCCUCCUUCAUCUCACAGCUUCUGCUCUCCUCUUCAAAUGUUGAAUAUUGUUUUUAAAAAUCCUUCAUUGAGACUCCACAUCUCAUCAGCCUCUCUGCAUUUACCCUCCAGUCUUCAUCUAAUCUGAAUUUCAGAUUAUGUCUUCGGCGUACUUUCCAAUUAAUUAUAUUCCGAAUGAUUCUGCAGAAAACUAUUUAUUCGGAGAGGUUUUAAUCACACCUUUAGGGAAGAUUAUUUUAAAAAGAUAAUUCCUCCCAGGCUGGUUAUCAUCUGAAAUACGCAUCUCAUUAUUUAAUCCAGUGUAGCCAUUUUGAUUCCACUGAUCGCUUUUGUUGAAAUUAUCAUUAUUUUUUAAUUUCCACUACAAAAACGGUGGAGCUUGCUGAGAGAGGUUGUCAUGGUGAUGACGUGCAUAGAAAACCACCGCUGCUCACCCUUUUAUCUACCUCUCAUAUCAUUCAGCAAGGUUUCAUACGCUGUUAGAGGAGCUGAUAAAUGAUUAUAGAGGUCAAAUUAUAUGUAGGUUAGAUUUGAAAACGCUUCUUGGUAAAGAUUUUGGAUGAUAUGCGUGCACGUCAAGUUUAUGUGAAAAACAAGCGAUUGCCAUUCAGAAAGUGUAAAGCUGCUGCGUAAAUUCUACUCCCCCGGAGCUCCUAUCUCUCCUAAAAAUUUAUUGCCUUUAGGAUCAGCAUUCAUGUGCAGUCACACCUGGGCUUUAAACCUGUUACAGAAAUAGAAUGGGUAGAACAAUAGUCUAUAGAUCUUGUUGGUCAGCAUUAAAGUGCCAACCCAAUCUGAAAAUGUUGGGGGAGUUCCGUUUAUCAUCUCUACCCACGCAGCUCCUCGUGGAGUUGCAACCUUUAUUUGUUCUUAAGUUUCUGACAAUCAAAAUUUUUUCCUUCUUUUGAAGGCAGAAAAGUGCAGCAGCACACAAGCAAAUGAAUUUUAAUUUUUAAUUUAACCACUUGUGGUAGAAAACCUUCACAAAAAUUAUUAUUCAUAAAUAUGCAGAAUGUCAUUUAAAUUGCAAAUGCUCAUUCAGAAGUCAAAUGUUUAUUCAGAAAAGGCAAAAGUUAACUAGUUAAAGCUGCAAAGAAUAAUUAUUUUCAAUCUAAUACCUGCCAAAAAUCCUCUUCAAAAGGAUGGAGGAAGAUUGGCAUGUGUACUCUCAAACACAGCGCUGAGCCAGGAAGCUUAAUUCAUCUCACAUGGCUGGUGCAGGUGUAGCACAUUUGGCUUACUGCAGCAGUUUCUGCAUUGGAAGCCAAUCCGAGAAUGUGGAUUUGGAGAAAAUGCCCUCAAAAGGAACAAAGCUAGUGUGGUUAGUGUGUGCUGCAGGGGCUUGUGUGAUGUACAUUAGUGCCUACUGCCAUUUAGGCUCUGAUUAGACCCAGUUUAAGGAGGGUGCUAAUUUGAAAAUGUAAUAACUUCAGCCUCAGACUUGAGUCACAAAAUCUUAUUGACUUCCCAGCUUGGUGAGAAGUGUGUAAACAACAGAUAAUGGGCUAAUGCAGCAACAAAAUUGCUUCCAUAAACUAUUUUUUUUUGACUCUGGGUGCUUAAGAGUCUGCUUCUUUUGAAGAACUAUAAUGUGAGACUUUGACCAAUUUGUUGCAAUUACUGCGGCCUAAUUGAUUCUCAGUCUAGUCGACAUUAUGCACCGAGCAUUUUCUCUCGCAGAAGAUUUACACAGCUUCUCGGAAGAAUAGCUUCUUGUGAAGUGCAGCAUUUUGGGAUGUUGAGACGAGCUUCCAUGGCCCUGUGAGUGCACACACAAAAUGAUUUAUUCAUCUUAGCUUGAUGUUGUAUUCACUACAGCCAGAAAACUUUCAGCUGAUGAACCCGCAGCUCUGCGCAUUCAAGUGUUCAACUUUUAAAAUCAUGAAUGCAGGCAGCAUUAAGUAGCUGGUGCUUCCAAAGCACAGGAGUUGCGGAAAACCAUUAGCAGCCAGCUCAUUCCUUUCACUGCGAGAAUGUGAUAGAAACUAGACACUAAAAAAGAAGAAGUUCUCUAAUUGUGCCAGAGAGCAGCUCGUAAUUAAAAGGCUACCACUGGCAGUAACGCGAGAAGCCUUUUAUAAAGAAAAGACUUGCUCGUGGGUCACAACGGAGUCUUGUCUUUAUGUGGCUCAUUUGUUUCACGUGGAGCUCAGUGCUGCUCCAGCCCUGCUUUAGGACGUAGUCUGAAGUGAUCAAUAUGAAGUUGGAUGGAGUGAAUAGGAGCAAUAUCUUUGGCAUAACCAAAGACAAUCAUUUUAAUGCUGUCUGUUUCGUGUUAAGACGUGUUGCUUUCAGGUUGUCACAGUCCAUCGACCCCCUCACUUGUCUUCAAAGUGUUUUGUUGAAACUUUUCCGUCAUCUCAGCCUUUCUGAAGAUCUGCGGCGACACCCUGUAUGUUUAGCAGCUGUGGAGGGAGGAGGUAGAAUGUAUCCCAUCGCCAUUAACUUAAGGGCUGAAUCCGAUCUGCGCGUGUCCGUGUGUGCACAUGCUUGUUAAGUAGAAAUGAAACACUUUGCGAUGGAGGGGCGGUAAGUGGAGCAGCCUCAGUCGACUCUGUUGACUUCCUCCCGCCUCUUCACGAGGUUCCUGACCUGUGGCUGCACACAGUACCUUACAGAUUUGUGACCUAUGAUUAAUGUACAAGAAUGACUAUCUUACAUGGGACAUAACUCUAAAAUAAGGCCUAUUUUUGUACUAUAUGAAUGGUGCAGUGUAAUUUUCUUGUAAUUUAAAGAUUUUUUUUGCUCUUGUUUUCUCCUUUUUAUUUAAUUGAUGUCAAUUAUAGAUUCUACUAAAAAAAAUAAAGAUCUAUGCAAAUUUGAA